GGCACAGUCGCUCCUCCGCUCACAUCCGCUUGACUCGCUAUUUGUGUUGGAAAAAGGGACUUUGUGAAACUGCAGCGAGAUGUCAGUCCAGGUUGUGGCAGCGAAAAUGGCAGAGGUCGAACUCAAAGACGUCCCCACCGGCAAAGACUUACCGGCGGGUUCCCCGGUGACACCACCGACCUCGGAGGGCAAGAGCGUCCUCGCCCGGACCGACCCACACGAGGCCGGGUCCUCCUCCGCCGCCGCGUCCCCGACAGCGGAGCUGUCCUCCGGGGCUAAAGCCGGGCAGGACGGCAGCAGCCUGGGUCUGCUCACCCCCAACCCCGCCAAGAUGCCGCAGGCGUCGGCUAUGAAGCGGACGGACCCGCAGCAGAACGGCGGAGAGGCUUUCGUCAACCGGGACGGGACCGUGGCCGAGGCUCCGCGGAUGAAAAAGAUCCAGUUUGCGGACCAGAAACAGGAGUUCAACAAGCGUCCCUCCAAGAUCGGCCGGCGCUCCCUGUCCCGCUCCAUCUCCCAGUCCUCCACAGACAGCUACAGUUCAGCGGCGUCAUACACGGACAGCUCCGACGAUGAGACGUCUCCUCGGGACAAACAGCAGAAGAACUCCAAGGGCAACGGAGACUUCUGCAUCAAAAACCUCAAACAGGCCGACUUUGGCCGCAGAGAGAUUGAGAUCGCAGAGCAAGAGAUGCCAGCCCUGAUGGCUUUGAGGAAGCGAGCCCAGGGGGAGAAACCCCUCGCUGGAGCCAAGGUGGUGGGCUGCACCCAUAUCACCGCCCAGACUGCUGUGCUGAUGGAGACUCUGUCAGCUUUGGGGGCUCAGUGCAGAUGGGCAGCCUGCAACAUCUACUCCACCCAGAAUGAAGUGGCAGCUGCCCUGGCAGAGGGAGGUUUUAGUGUAUUUGCAUGGAAGGGUGAGUCAGAGGACGACUUCUGGUGGUGCAUCGAUCGCUGUGUCAACGUGGAAGGCUGGCAACCCAACAUGAUCUUGGAUGACGGAGGAGACCUGACUCACUGGAUCUAUAAAAAAUACCCCAACAUGUUCAAGAAGAUCAAGGGCAUUGUAGAGGAGAGUGUUACCGGUGUGCACAGGUUGUACCAGCUGUCCAAAGCAGGAAAGCUUUGUGUUCCAGCCAUGAAUGUCAACGACUCCGUGACAAAGCAGAAGUUUGACAACCUCUACUGCUGCAGGGAGUCCAUCUUAGACGGCCUGAAGAGGACCACUGAUGUCAUGUUUGGAGGCAAACAGGUGGUGGUGUGUGGAUACGGAGAGGUGGGAAAAGGCUGCUGUGCCGCCCUCAAAGCAAUGGGCUCCAUCGUCUACGUCACAGAGAUCGACCCCAUCUGUGCCUUGCAGGCCUGCAUGGACGGCUUCAGGCUGGUGAAACUGAACGAAGUCAUCAGACAAGUGGACAUCGUCAUCACCUGCACAGGCAAUAAGAACGUGGUGGUGAGAGAAUACCUUGACCGCAUGAAGAACGGCUGCAUCGUCUGCAACAUGGGACACUCCAACACCGAGAUCGAUGUGGCAAGCCUGCGGACUCCUGAACUGACCUGGGAGAGAGUGCGCUCUCAGGUGGACCACGUCAUCUGGCCCGACGGCAAGAGGAUAGUGCUGCUGGCUGAGGGACGUCUGCUGAACCUUAGCUGUUCCACUGUGCCCACCUUCGUGCUCUCCAUCACCGCCACCACCCAGGCGCUGGCUCUGAUAGAGCUGUACAAUGCCCCAGAGGGACGCUACAAACAGGACGUUUACCUGCUGCCCAAGAAGAUGGAUGAAUAUGUGGCCAGCCUACAUCUUCCUACAUUUGACGCACAUCUCACAGAGCUGAGUGAUGAGCAGGCCAAGUAUCUGGGCUUGAACAAGAACGGCCCCUUCAAGCCAAACUACUAUAGGUAUUAAACCAGGGUCAGGGUUGGACUGAAGAAAUACAAAUACUCCAUGAAUGGCACAGACUCAUAGAGGGAGAGGAGGAGGAGGAGGAUGAGGAGAACAGGAGGAAGGACGGACAGACAGAACAGUGAACACACCGGCUUUAUAUAUGGGGGGGGGUAGGGGAGGAGCUCUGACUGAGCCUGAGGGGGAAGGGGGGGGUCGUGGCUUUCCCUGCGCUUAUGGCAGCCGUUUUAUUUAUUCACACUCUGAUAUCAUUAACUCUAAAUCUGGAGCUGCUCCUGCCAUUCGCCAUUAGCUAGCUCCCCGACGUCUUCUCCUGGAAGAUGUUUUACUUCCCUUCUUCUCGUCAUUUCAACACCAUUAUUUCUUUCUCUUUAGAUGCUCAUUUGUGUGUCGAGUUGUAUGUAAAUCCUCCAUCCUCCCUUCCCAUUGCCAGAUCUUUUAUUGUUUAACUAUUAAAGAUGAAAUUAUUGUUGCUAAAAAGAUAUAUACUAUAGAAAAAAAACAACUUGAUUUAAAAAAACAAACAAAAAAACAAUCUGUAUGAAUGAAGAUGACCGUUGAAGAUUUAGCGACGGACACUUUUUUCCUGUCCUUUUUUUUUGUUGUCGUCUUUUCUUUUUCUACCUGUGAUUUUCUCUUGUGUAAUAUUGCGAGGGCGGGGGUUAGACCUAAUGGGCGGGGUUAGGUGGGAUCUCAGGGUCCAAUCAUAUCAUGUCUUUUAUUUGAUCGUUUCAUUGAGAUUCACCGUUGUGUCUGUUUUUAAACAUUUUUUUAUGCGUUCUGUCCCUUCGGAUCAGCCUGUAGUUUGUCACAACUCCUUUCUUAGUAUGACUGGACGGUGGCCGGCUCUUCCCACCUGUCACUCAAAGCCACAGUGAAACCAUCUCAUUGGCUGCUUCUUUCUCGGCUUCCAGCUGCUCACGCGGCGCCAGUGUUGAAGUAAUGAAAAGUAUUUCAAGCUUGUGAGAGCUAACCUUUUUCAUUUUGUCUCUUCCUUUUUACCACGAAUGACUAUACUGUAUUAGAAGCAUGGCAGGCUGUCAGAUCAUUACAAGGGGUAUACUGUAUAUUUAGAUAUUUAUAUUGAAAUUUAAGAAUUUUCUAUCUUUUUCUCUCCUGCGCCAUCAUUACUUUUGAAAAGAAAUCAACAUAUGUCAUAAAAAAUAAGCAAUUAAAUGUUCUAAUGAUAAGUGUAAUAAAUGUACUUAAACCUUCACUUUGAAUACUGUGACAGAAAAUAUUUACAGAGAUACCAAAUGAGCAGCAAGUCGCUACCUGGCCGGUACUUAAACAGAUAUCUUCAAUCAGGUCCUCAUUGGAAAGUAUGGUGCUGUUAAGAUUUACUGUACUUACCAUACACAACUCUUUGGUACUCACAGAUGCAGUCAAUGGGUUCAGUUUAAACAAUACAAUCUGGGAUCUGAUUUCCAUUAUGAUUUAUUUUCUUUCCAUCCAAGAAGCACAUUUACCUUCUCUGCAAAUUCAUGUGCAUUUGCUUGUAAAGGGAUUUUUCACCUUUUUUUUUUUUUUUAAAGAUCUCCAAACUUGGCGUGCUGUCCCUGAUAUAUAUUUUAGUUCCUGCCCCCCCUCCCCCCCUGAAAGGCUUAGAUUCUACCGGUACAAUGAGCUGCACAGUCAUCAUCCUCGGCAGCUCGUCCCCAGCUGACCUGACGGUGGAAAUUAGAAAGUCCUGACAGUCAUUUCACCUGACAGCCAAGUGCACCCCGCCGCUACUCCGGCUCUGCACCUGAACCAAUCAGGUUCUCUGCUAACCUGCUGUGAGACGCUGCCAGCUCUACUCUCUCUGAGAGGGAUCAAAUGCUUAAACACACAAAUAUGGUAGCUCAUUAUCCAGGUCUGAGAAUGUCCUGUACUGUAUAUGGAAAAUUAAUUUAAUCAGUUUACAGAUUUUGAACAAGAGGUAAUAGCACAAAAAUCUUUGUUUACCAGUUGAAUACUUUGGCUCAUUCAAAAUACAAAUAUGCACAAUUCAUGCAAUUUAUGUCGUGACAUUAUGAGUAAUAUCAUUACAUGAUAUUUAAUACCAACCAAAGUAUUUAAAGGAAUGUUUUUGAAAUUUUGGGAAAUAUCCGUGAACAUGUAAACCUCUCUAAUGUUUAUAUGAGAAAUAUGCUGCUGGGAGCCAUUAGCCAAUUAGCAUAUGUUAGUAUAAAGGUAACAAAAUCCAACUAACAGCACCUUUAAAUUAGGGUUUUUGUAUUAAUUAAACAAAACUGACAUGUUAAUCAGUGAGCUUUAAAGGUGCUUGUAGGUGGACUUUGUUACUUCAGGCUAGCUGUUUCCAUCUGCUUCCAGUCUCUAUGCUAAGCUAAGCUAACUAGCAGCUUGCCCCAGCUACAUAUUUAGCGUACAGACAUGAGAGUGGGAUUGAUCUUCUCAUGUAAGUCUCAACAAGAAACUGUAUUUCUCAAAAUGUCAAACUAUUCCUUUUAAAUUUGGUAAAAGCAAAUUUAAGUCUAAAGAAAUAGACAUUUUAAAGGUGCGUAGGAACUUCUUAGAUAAACCUAGCAUACGCCCAUAUGCCGCCAUGUAAUGACAAGAUCCUACACUGUGUCACGGCCCACACAACCUCAAUGUCACUUUGUUCCCUGCCAAUGUUUGUGCAUUUCUCUGUCUCCUUGUGCUGUUGAGAAUCCCCUCUUAAAGUAGUGUGACCUCUUGUCAGUGUAGCUCUUAAACCUGUCGUCUUGAGUCUUAUUUUUCCCUUUUUUGUAAGUGUGAAUGUGCGUUAAAAGAGUAUGUUACCUCUUGAGAGAAAGCUGAUUAUAGAUGAUGACGUGUGUGUGUGCGUGUAAAUGUCUUUCUGUGUCUGUACGCAUCCUCUUUUUGUUGGCCAUGGUUGCUUCGUUAAACCGCUGCCUCAGGAUCCUAGCCUGUGCGUUAGGGAGAGAAACCAUUUUUUGUUUUGUCAGCCGUAAGCUGACCAACAGACGGGUGGGCAGGGGAAGACACCAGCAUCGUAUAUGUAUAUACAUACUAUAUACAGAUACGACAACCUUUAAAAGUAUAGGACGGUAAAAGAAGAAUCCACUCCUGUAUUUAUUGUUGUAAAUCCUCAUUCAGUGCAAACUGGCAAAAUUCUCAAACAUGUUUUAAGUUGUCUAAUAAAGAAGAAAAACAACCUUGUUUAAAUAUUGCAAGUGAUAAUGGUAGAUGAUGAGCAAUAAUUUAAAACAUUCUGUAAUCUUAAUGAAUAAAGAUGUAAAAAUUGUAA